GUUUAGCACCGCCAAUCCCCCGCAGACUUACCAACACAACAUGGCGACGCAGCUGCCCCCGCCGAAACGCCAGAAGAGCGCGUACUCCAAGAGUAUUGCGCCGCCCGUGGUGCCCGAGCCCGCGGCGCCGAUCCCCAGUAUCGUGGUGCAGUUUAAGAAUGCCGAGACGGGCGAGAGCGUCGGCCCCGCGAUCAACCUCCCAGCCGAUACGGGGCGGGAUGCGCUGCAGAUGCUCAUCAACAAGCUGAAGGGAGAGGACGAGGACCCGAUGCCGUACGCGUUCCACUUGUUGCCGAAGGAGGGGGCGCGGGUCGCGAUCCACGAGAGCAUCAACGCGGACGCGCUGGCGUCGAACAAGUUCUCGCCGGAAGAUGUGUUCGAGCUGUGGGCCGAGCCGCAGGCCGUGUUCCGUGUGCGCGGAGUCGGACGGUGUAGCGCGACGCUGAGCGGGCACGGGAGCCCGAUUUUGUGCACGGCCCAGUCGCCUACUGGGCGGUAUGCCGCGACGGGGUCGGGCGACGCGACGGCACGGAUUUGGGACAUGGAGACGGAGACGCCGAAGCAUACGCUCGCGGGCCACCGCGGCUGGGUGCUCUGCACGGAGUGGGAUGGGAUGGAGAAGACGCUCGCGACGGGCGGGCACGACGGGCAGGUGCGCGUGUGGGACGCCAAGACGGGCAAGGGGAGCCAGCCGAUGACGGGGCACACCAAGUGGAUCACGUCGCUUGCGUGGGAGCCUCUCCAUCUCGCAAAGGGGGACACGCAGAGGUUGGCGAGCGCGAGCAAGGACGGGACGGUGCGCGUGUGGAACACAGGCAACCGCAAGCUCGAGUUCGUGUUGACGGGGCACGCGGCGAGCGUCAACGCUGUGCGGUGGGGCGGUGAGAAUGUCAUCUACACCGGUUCGUCGGACCGGACAGUCAAGGUGUGGAGCGGUGUCGACGGCAAGUUGAUCAGGACGCUCAACGAGCACGCGCACUGGGUAAACACCGUAGCGUUGUCGACCGACUUCGUCCUCCGCACCGGGCCAUACGACCACACGGGCAAGCACCCGGCCGACGUGAACGAGGCGAAGGCACGCGCGCUAGCGCGCUACCGCGCCCAUGUGGCGACCCAACCCGAGACGUUGAUCACGGGAAGCGAUGAUCACACGCUGUUCUUGUGGCCGGACCAGGCUGCGCCGCCAGUAUCGGGCAACCCGAAGAAGCCGGCGGCGCGUCUCACGGGCCACCAGAAGCAGGUGUGCCAUGUGGCAUUCAGCCCCGAUGGUCGGUUUGUAGCGAGUGCAGGCUUCGACAACGCUGUGAAGCUGUGGGAGGGGAAGACGGGCAAGUUCGUUGCCAGCUUGCGCGGGCACGUCGCGGCUGUGUACCGCGUCGCGUGGAGCGCGGAUAGUCGGAUGCUCGUGUCGGCGAGCAAGGACUCGACGCUCAAGUUGUGGAACCUCAAGACUUUCAAGAUCAAGAACGACCUGCCGGGACAUACAGACGAGGUCUACUGCGUCGAUUUCGUUGCGGACAAGGUCGUCAGCGGGGGGCGCGACAAGACGGUCAAGAUCUGGCGUCACUAGAGUUCCUAGAGUCCGGGGCUAUAGACGAGCUACAUGCAUACCUUGUACAUCAUAGCUUGACGCGGGUUAAACAUUACGGCGUGCACAUUUCCACUCGCUGUUGGAAUAAGCUAUGCAUAAAGGCUACCGCGACGACACGACACGCAACGGCUACACUACUACUGUCACUGAAGGAGAACAGAGCAAGACCUGACACACGCGAGCUGCACGGGGGCUACAGCUUGGAGAACACGAGCCCAAUGACGACGUACGCGAUCGUGAGGGGCGGGGUAAGGACGGCGUACGACCAAGAGAUUGUCUUGGAGAUGAG